CUUUGCUUCAUCCAACAGGAGUUUCUGUUUGUUUGAUUGUUUGGUUGUGUAUUUAUUAUUAUGAUUAUUGUUGUUGUUGUUGUUGUUAUCUUACGCCCGGCAUGAGAAUCCGUCCUCCCACCUAAACAUCCAUGAAGGCGAUGAUGCAGGCAGGGCACCAUCGAUGCAAUGGAUCAGAAAGUCAAGAGCCGCACAGGCCUGGACCUUUCUUCCGCCAGCCUUGUUUCUCGCACCCGUUUGCACAUGUCUGUCUUAAUCAGUCUCAAUCUCCUAUUGCGGCUUCAGUUUUUUCUACCCUUCUUUGUGGUUUCUGUUUGUUUUCUGGGUUUUCAGCUGUCUUGGGGUAGAAUUCUCGAGAGAUCUUACCCUACAGUGUCCAUAAGCUUGCUACGUAGCACAUGAGCUUUGUGGGGUAGAAUCUCGCGGCAAAUUCACACUGGCAGGUGUUCAGAGCGAUGGCCAUGUGGUGAGAUUCCAGCGCCGACAAGAGAAAAAAACAUACCCGGUCCAAUUUCACAAUGCCGAGACCAUAAAAAGAUUUCGUGCUGUUAAGGGUAUAUACCCAUGGAUUUGCAGCCCUAUCUGAGCAGUGGGUAGGGCUCUCAUGUCACGUCUCUACGAGGAUGAAUCAAAGUUUUUCCAUCAGUCUGUGCCCAACAAUUAACUUGACACGCGGAAGCCAGAUGAGAGAAAGCACUGGAAGCGCUGGCCCCCAUUGUUUGUGAGCGUGUCUCAUUGACCACGAAGUACUUACCGCGGUACAUAUCCACAGCAGUUUCUGCACGAAUCUACUUCGGUGGUUUCAGGGUGUGGGUCCUUGUAAAGUAGAGUCUCGUCAGUGAAAGUGAAAAAUGAUGCAGGUUAUGCUGCAGACAAUUUUGAUGUUAUUGGUCUGCUUGGUCUGUUGGUGCCUGCAGCGGAGCAAGCAAGUCUGACGAAAGGGGAUUGGAAGCUGCUGAGGACUCUUGGUGCCCCGGGGCACAUUGAACGUCUCCUGUGUGCGAGUCUCCUUUAUAUCCCUGUCCUGGCACAACUAUCUAAACAUCGCACCCGGGUUUGCAGCUCAAUACCACAGUUCACCUGCCGUGCCACCAUCGCUUCCGCUCGCACAAUCGAGACACAGAGAAGCUAGCACUUGGAAUCACUGGUGAAGUCUAUGUUGGCGGGGGAUCGGCGUGCUGAUCGUGGUAUUGUUUGCUUUUUUUGAGGGCUUUGCUAGUGACGAGUUCUGUGUGUGUUGAAGAAGCAUUUUGGAGGUGUGCACUCAUUUGAUAAAAGGACCUGCUGCGAGUGGCGAUGGCGGCCUUUACUUGGCGAUUUGCGAAGGCUGUUAUAGUGGUUGCUUUUUUAUGGCAGUGGGAAUGGCAGGUUUGUGGAGCUGUGAGACUGCUGGCCUCGGGCAGCUCAGUGAAGUUACAGAAAGCUCAGCUGCUUGAUGCUUUCGCUGACAACAGCACCACGGAUUCAGUGCUGAGCCCUAAUUCCAACCGUAGAGCUCUUAGCGGUUGUGGAAACGGAAACCCAGUCGACGAUUGCUGGAGAUGCAAUCCAAACUGGUCUAAGAAUCGGCAGCAGCUAGCAGAUUGCGCCCUUGGCUUCGGCAGGAAUGCAGUCGGUGGUAAGAACGGAGGAAUUUACGUCGUUACGGAUGACAGUGAUGAUGAUGUUGUUAACCCAAAGGAAGGGACACUUCGCUACGGUGUCAUUCAGGUCGAGCCUCUGUGGAUUAUUUUCAGCCGCAACAUGAAUAUAAAACUCAAGCAAGAGCUCAUCAUGAACAGCUACAAGACCCUCGACGGACGUGGCAACAAUGUCCACAUUGCUGGAGGAGCGUGCCUCACCCUGCAAUACAUUAACAACGUUAUAAUUCACGGCAUUCACAUCCACGACUGUCAGGUCACGGGACCUGCCGACGUCAGGAGUUCUCCGUCGCACUAUGGUAGAAGAGGUAAAUCUGAUGGGGAUGCUGUUAACAUCUUCGGCUCUCGCGACAUCUGGGUGGAUCACUGUUACUUCUCCAACAGCGCUGAUGGCCUUGUUGAUGUCAUUCAAGGAUCCACCGACGUUACCAUCUCCAACAACUACUUUGAGAAUCACGACAAGGUGAUGUUACUUGGCGCUCACCCGAAUGACUCAAUUGACAAGGGCAUGAGAGUCACCGUCGCCUUCAACCACUUCGGAGCAAACCUUAUUGAGCGCAUGCCAAGAUGCCGACAGGGUACAUUUCACGUAGUCAACAAUAACUACCAAGGAUGGGGAAUGUAUGCGAUUGGAGGAAGUGAGAAUCCAAUCAUAAAUAGUGAGGGCAACCGUUUCUACGCUCCCGAUGCAAGGUUUAAGAAACAGGUCACGAAGCAGAUCGACGACGGACAUAAGGAGAACGAAAACAGUUGGAACUGGAGAUCCUCCGGUGACAUGUUCCUCAACGGUGCCAUCUUCGGCGAACCAGGAGCGCAGUCUGCAAGUACUCAGUUCUUUGCCAAGGCCACCAGUUUCAGCGCUCGCCCUGCCGUCAUGGUUCAAUCCAUGACCAAUGACGCAGGUCCCCUCGCACUGUGAUAGUGCACAAUACUUCGUGACCACUGGCUGUCUCCAAUACCCAACUGAACGUUCACUCUCCAGAGGAUUACAAAAUUCUCAGACUGCUAAUAAGAUUGUGGAACGAAUCCGCGGUUUCGUAGUUAGCACUUGGAUUUUCAUAUAGUAGUGAAGCAUCUCUUGUACUCAUGGUCGAGAGCUGGCCAAGCAUGGUCGGCCUAGCGUGUGAGCACAAGGCGGUGUAGCUGAUGAGGGUGUCUGUCUCACGACGUGUAGACUAUAAACACUUUGUGUUUAGACGCGUGCCCUUGCCAAGACCCACACACAAUUAACUGGGGUUUUGUGUGCGGCAGCAACGCAAGCCAGCAGCCAAAGUCUUCUUCUUCUUCUUCUUCUUCCACACCCCGUCCCAUUGCUUCUCCCCAUUGUCCCAUUAUUUAAGCCUAAAUGAAGUUUGCAAAAAACAAAUCACAAUUGUUCAAGUAACGGUUGUCAAACUUCGAACUUCACUUGUCCAAUUGGGUGAAGAGCAUUUGCAAUGAGCAAAUGUAACUGCAAUUGGGUGUUUCCACGACAACUCACCUGGAUUAGCUGUGGCCCACUCUGAAACCCAGUGUUUGAAUCAACUAAUCACCAAAAGAGCCAUUUCUCACUGCAGUUGCGGAGAUCAUGGCACUAAGUACAGCAAUGGUUGGAAUAACUCUAAA